UGCCAAACGGGUAUAAUAUGCUCCUCAAUGUUGGGUUCAGCAAACCACCCAUCAUUCCCAUGGACGAGUCAGCUAUCAAGAAACUACAGGAACGAAUGAGUGACCGAUACGACCCCGACCACAAGAUCUCUCAAUUUGAGCUCAAUGUAUAGCGAUGAAGUACUUAGAGCGGCUGGUAUGUUCCUGGCUCUGAACAGAAGCAAUGUUAUGUCUAAUAUCAUCAAGGUCAUAAAGGAGAACAUCCCAGAGCUUACAAGCCUGAACUUGAACAACAAUCGCCUGCUGUCUUUAACACAUGUGGCGGACAUAGUCUCCGCUGCACCUGGCAUUACAUCACUUGACCUUGGCAAGAACCAGCUACGGAACAUCGAUGAAUUGGACAAGAUCAGUGGAUGGAAACUGGAUCACAUUCAGCUAGAUGGCAACGAUCUGUGCGAUCGCUUCAAAGACCGUACUCAGUACAUUAGUGCUGUACGCAAGCGGUUUCCCAAGGUCAUAAAUCUGGAUGGUCACGCGCUGCCGGCCCCGAUUACAUUUGAGUUGGAAACAAGCACUGUGUUGCCCAGAACAAAGGAAAGUUACUUUCUCAAUGAAGACAUCCAAAACAUAGUGGUGAAAUUCUUGAGGGAGUUCUUCUCGAUAUAUGAUGCAGAUAACAGACAACCUUUGCUAGAUGCUUACCAUGAACAAGCAUUAUUCUCUAUGACAGCUUCCUACAACCCUGCAAAUGACUACAAGCAAGCAUCCCUGAAUGAAUACAUCUCUGAAAGCAGAAACCUUUUAAAGUGCAGAGACCAAGUAAGGAGAGAUAAGUUGUUACGGCAAGGGAAGCUGUCGGUGGUGUCGCAGCUGUGCCUGAUGGCUAAGACAACCCAUGAUCCCAACUCCUUCAUUGUUGACGUCAGUCAUGCCAGUAACACACAUCUUAUAUUUGCACUGUCUGGUGUUUUCAAAGAAAGUGAAAGCAAAUCAGACAAGCCUCCAAUCCGAGCCUUCAACCGAGUCUUCUAUACAGUGCCAGCAGGAAGUGGGAUGGUGAUAACCAAUGAUAUGUUGACAGUCAGCAAUGCCACGACGGAACAGAUGCAGAAUGCCUUCAAGAGUGCUGGCCCCACCCCUUCCUCUAGUCCAGUGACAGGUGUCCCCCCUGAGCUUCCGUCCACAAGUUCUGGAGGGGUAGAUCGCCAGACUUUGAUCCAGAAGUUUUCAUUACAGUCUGGAAUGAACCUUGAUUGGUCAGGAAAAUGUCUGGAAGAAAAUAACUGGGACUAUGAGAAGUCAGCUACCGUCUUCACUCAACUCAAUGGUGAUGGCCGGAUUCCACCCCUGGCUUUCGUGAAAUGAGAGAAGCUUGACCUCUAUCAUCAUUGUGGUUAUCUACAACACGCCUCAGCACUUUGUCAGACAUUGAGAGUAACGUUACAAGCUUCUGUUGCCAUGAAGAGUGAAAAACCUCCUUGAUUGAAGGUGUAUGCAGGAACAUGUGUGAAUAUGCACACAGUUCCCAGAUGGAAAUAAUGCAACAGCAGAAUCAGAACCUAAAAGAUGGAUUUUGUUCAUUGUGUAAAGAUCUCAGACAAGAACUUGUCAGUGAUAAAUUUCCUUAUUUGAAGUGUAUAGUACUUUGUAUAUAUGUGUACAUUUUAUUGUGUAAAUAACUGGUGGACGAGAUGUUUUUCAGAAAUGACAAUCAAAAAGUAUGAGCAAAUUAAUUACUGUUCAUUUUCCAGAUCAUUUCUGUGAAGAUUUCCCUUCCUUCAUUUGAAUUGUUGAAAGUGUUUUUAAGAUGAAAACUAUUUUUUUAUUCAAACAUUUGUUGUAUUUUGUUGAUUUUGCAUGUUUUUAUAUAAGUAGUGUGUUCUGGUGAGAGUAGUUCAGGGAAGGAUCAUGUACUUUGUAACAGAAAUUAAAUGCUGUAUGAUAAUGUUUGUGACCUGUUAAAAGACAUCAACAGGAUUUUCAUAUACUUGUAUUUGUAAGUGGUUGUUAUUUGAUUUGAUUUGAUUUGAAUUUUUAUUUUUUCAUGAAUUCUUUACAUGAUGCAUAUGUAUGUAAAGAUACGGCAAAUUUAAGGUGUAGAAAUAGACAUAGGGAAAUCAUUUGGAACACUAAAAUAGUGCUGUUUUGUUGAUAUUUCAGAAAUAGAUAUUUAUUUUCUUACAAAUUGAAUUCCUUGAAACCAAUGGCUGUUUUAUUUAUAUAAAUUAUACACUAUCAAUUACUUGGUUUACAGAUUGUUUGUAUACUUAAAACAUAUAGUGGUUAACAAAACUAGAAAGGAAGAGGGCAAAUAUUGGCUCAUUUUAAAUGUAAAAUAUAAAUUUUUGGAACAUCAGCAUGAAAAUUAUCAGACAUGUUUUUGCUGACAAUUGCAAUAUUUUUUUAUUCUUGUUGUGAUCAGAAGUAUGGCUAAAACGAGUGAAUAGGGCAGAAUUUGUAUCUAUGACCAUUCUAGUCCAUGACCCAGAAUGAUCUUUCUCACUUUGUUUGUUCGGUCUUUGACUACAGCUAAAAAAUAUGCCUAUUCAAAAAUUACAAAUGCUUCCUGAAAACAUAAAACGUCAGCCCUUUUGACAUGUCUGAUAAUUAUCAUCAGUAUUUGUGAAAUUUACAUUCCUAUUUGUUAAUUAUACAGAUCCUGUGGGCCAUUUUGUACCUAUUAAACACUGUCCUUGAAAGCAAUUUUUGAAAAAGAUAUUCAUAAAGUGAAAAUGAAGAAAAAAUCCAAAGAAAAGUGGGUUACUUCUUUGGCCACAUGGAUUUUUUGUAUUGUAGUUGAUUCAUGACAAAAGAAAGAAGAAAAUAAUCAAAUUAUGAAUAUUAAGAAAUUGUGCUUGCUGAAUCUGUUGAACAUAUCUGAACAGAAUAUUGAAGAUUACUUUUGCAUGGAAAAUACUUCAAUGUUAAUUUAGAGAUUUCAGUUUACUUGUGAAAGUGCAAUGUUGUGUGUAUUUGAUUCACAAUGACUGUAUUACAUGCCCUCUGAACAAGCCCAUAGGAUUUGGCCUGGAUGUUUUUAGUUGUAUGAUGCAUCUAUUGUAACAUUGAGUAAUCCUGUACAAAUGUAAAUAGUUUUAUGUGAUGCUCAUGCAUAAGUAUUCUGUGUUCAACACCGACACAAAAGUGAAUGUACAGUAUUGUUGAAAUAUGUACAUAAAUAAAUGCCAUGAAAACAAAA